AUGACGAGCGGGUCGGGGCCGAGUCCAAUGGAGCCCGCGGGCACCCUCGCGGAGCAGGAAGUGACGCCUGAGAUCAUCGACGCCGCGCUCCAGGAGUGGCAAGAGACCCUCCAUGGGCACGUGUCUGCUUUCAAAGAGCUCGGACAGAUCGCCAAGGACGCUCUGAGCGUAAACGCGGCCCUGAAGCGGGACGUGCGGAGACUCCGCAAGCGGCUGCACGAGAGGGAGGCGGACGUGUCGGCCAAGUCGCGGCGCAUCGUGGAGCUCGAGACGGUCGUUGCGGAGCUGCGGGCCGCCCUCGAGACGCAGCGCGGGGCGGGCACUGAGCUCCAGGAGAUGCAGACGCAACUCGCCCGGAAGGACCACAGGAUCCGCAAACUCAAGCGGAGCCGCGACGACGCCGACGCGGCCCACAAGGCGGAGAUCGAGGCGCUGCACCGCGAGCGGGACGCCGAGGUGCGGCGGCGCAUCGAGGAGGGGCUGCGGCGGGGGUUCCCCGGCAUGAGCGACGCGCUCGCGCUGACGCCCGCCGCGACGCAGCCGCAGCAGAGCCGGGAGAUCGGCGCCGCGAUGUCCGUCGGAGCAACGCAGAACGCGGCGCAGCAGCUCGCGGCCUUCCGGGCGGAGUGGGUGGCGCACGACGGGCCGGCCGCUGCCGACGACGGGGGCGGCGCCCCGCCGGAGCCUGAAGUGCGCGAACCGCGCGCCCAGGUGCGCAAGACGAAGAGGAAGCCGAUGUGGGUGCGCGUGCUCGACUACGACCUCCUGGCACGCCUGCUGUCGGCCGCGAUCGACAAGGGCUUCGAAUGGAAGGGGAUGUCGGCGCUCGUGAACCACACGACGUACUCGGAGGUGCCCGACUCGGCCUGGACGUCGCCCGGCGAGUUCGAGGAGGAGUACCCGUGCGGGCGCACGCGUCUGCCGUGCCUGGUGAAGUGCGCGGCGUGCCAGUGGCGCAGCGCUCCGCUGUGCUUCCACCCGCCGACGGUCGACGAGCCCUGGCGGCUGCCCGACCUGCUCGGCGACGACGACGUCGUGAAGGACUCGAGCGACCGGAGCCUCGACCCGCGGGAGGGUGACGGGCGGAAACACAACAUCGAGAGGCUGGCGCUCGAUGCGAUCGAGCAGGGGUGGCUGGAGCAGGCGGACCUCGACGAGGCCACGAGCCUGGUCGACGCAGACAGCGGCGCGCCGCGCGACGCGCUCGACAUGUGGUACGCGGGGGCUGUGUACAGGCGCGUGGCCGAGGCGUUUUCGGGCCCCGGCGUGGUCGAGAUCGAGGGCAGCCUCCGCUACACCGACGGCUACGACCUGGCCUGA